AUUUGGAAAAGUUGCAGUAAUGGAGGUCCCGAAGCGUCUGCCACAAGCCGACGAGCGCACGCUCAUGCACAGCGAGGACCACAACGCGAGCUUCGACGACGACGACUCGGAGAACGAGGACAACGACGACGACGUCCAUGCAGUCUCCGACUCGGAAGGCCACGCGAGCGCCUCGCCCAAGCAUGACACGAUGCCCCGAUCGUCGUCGUCGCCCGAGAUCGGGCCAUGGUCGCCACGGGCCAUGGUCGCCACCGCCGCCGCUCGCGAUGAAGACGAGUAUCAACAACCUCGCUGCGUCCAUCAUGGCGAUCGCGCGCCCGGCCGGGCCACCGCUGCCCAGCACGCCCAGCGAGCGCAAGACGUCGGCCGAUGUCGGGUUGCAUGGCAACGUGGGCACGAGCGUCUUCUUUAGCCCACCGCUGCUGCCCCCGGCCUUUGCCAACCUCACAAUCUGCGAAAACUGCAAAGAGGAGGUCGGCACGCUCCUCGGGAAGAGUCGCCACCACUGCCGCAACUGCGGCGGUACGUUCUGCCAAGCGUGCUCGUCCAAGACGUCGGUGGUGCCCUUUGACGCGCUCACGCACAAGGGCGAGUUCCGCGUCUGUGACUGCUGCUGCGUGCGCAUCCGCGAGUUUCAAGCGCAGGCGCAGACGCCCCACGCCACGUGGAAUGGCCUCGCGCCCAUGACGCAGUCGGAUUUUCUCGCCAAGUUUGACUUGCCCGACGCGCAGUCGCCGGUCGUCAUCUUUACGUGCUGCUACUUUCCCGAGAUCCAGCCUUUUUACGGGCACUUGUUCUUGACGCGCGACUACGUGGCGUUCGCGGCGUAUCGGUCGUUGGAAACACCCAUUUUGAUCUCGUAUUCCGACAUUACGGCCGUCGUCAAACCCGAAUUUUACUUUAUCAAUGCCCUCCAACUCAAAACCAAGGACAAGACGUGGUUUUUCGCCGAAUUUAACGGCCUUCGGGACAUGUGCUUUGUGCGCCUCGACCAACUCAUUUUGGCCCACCGCCAGCAACAGAGCCGAGGUGCGCCCUCGCAUGUAGGACACAGCGACGUGAGCCCGGAAGCGCUCAAGGCAAUGGCGUCCCAGCGCCGCAAGUCGAUGAAGCUCACGAAAAAACCGAGGCCCGUUGGUUCUCAGCACUUGUUAUUAGCUCGACUGACGACGACGCUACGUAGCAACGUCACGAGCCCCAAGAACGGCGACGACGACGAUUUCGUGCCACUUGCCCCGGACGAAGCCCUUCUGGGCAUGACGGGCGUCCUCGACUGCGAGAUGCCAGGCAACGUCCGCGACGUCUUUGAUACGCUCUUCGCCAACGGCCUUGGCCAAACCUUUUAUACCAACGUGAUGGUGUCGACCAAGGACAUUGAUAUUAGCGUCGGCGCGUGGCAGCUCUUGACGUCCGACACGCCCAAGGAGGUCACGUCGGGCUUCAAGGUCUCGACCGAGACGUUUACGCAUUACCGCCGCGUCGAGUCCAAGCACCCGCCCAAAGUGUCGUUCCCGGGACUCCCCCCAUACGCCGAAUGCGUGCGCCACCAACUGUACCGCCAUCACGGCGACGGGAAGAGCUGGAGCCGCCUCAUUAUCGCCGACGUGCUGCGCAUGAACAAAAUUCCGUUUUCAGAUUAUUUUGAGAUUGAGACUCGCUGGGUCUUUACGCGAGACGGCAAGAAAUUCACGCACGCCCAAGUGGGCCUCGUGAUUCACUUUCUCAAGUCGACGUGGUUCAAGUCCCAAAUCGUCUCGUCGACCAUUUCCGAGUCGAAGGAAGCGUUCGAGACCUGGUUCGAUCCUGCGCUCGGCUCGCAUUGA